AUGUCAGACGCCCACUACAAGUUCUACCCCCUGAAAAAAGCAAGCCUCAUCACGGCGCCCUUCUCGGGUGGCCAGCCUAAAGGCGGCGUGGAGCUCGGUCCAGAAUAUAUUUUGAACGCCGGUUUCGAGCAGCAGCUCCAGGAGUUGGGCUGGGAGACCUCCGUGGAGCACCCCCUUGAUGGCACGGACUUGGAGGCCAGGAAAUCCGAUGACAGAGACCUGUUUGGCGUUAAGAACGCUGCCAUAGUCAGCGAGUGCAACAAGAAAAUGUUCGACACGUGCCUCCGGGCCAGAACCGAGGGCAAGUUGCCCGUUGUGAUUGGCGGAGACCACCUGAUUGGCACGGCCACCGUGGCUGCGGCCUUGGAACACGACCCCGAGACGUGUGUGUUGUGGAUCGAUGCACAUGCAGACAUCAACUCGCCGCAAACGACCGAUUCGGGCAACUUGCACGGGUGCCCCGUGUCCUUCAUCAUGGGAAUCGACAAGAGCUCGUACCCACCCGAAUUCGACUGGGUGCCGGCCAAGUUGAAGCCCGGAAAGAUCGCAUACAUUGGGUUGAGAGACGUUGACGCGGGCGAAAAGCAGAUUUUGAGGGAGCACAACAUCCCCGCGUUUUCCAUGUAUCACAUUGACAAAUACGGCAUUGGCAAGGUGCUUGAGAUGGCGUUGGACAAAAUCAACCCCAACCGCGACUGUCCCAUCCACUUGUCCUACGAUGUGGAUGCCAUCGACCCUUCUUUCGUCCCGGCUACAGGGACCAGAGUGGAGGGGGGCUUGACUUUGAGAGAGGGCUUGUUUGUAGCAGAGGACGUGGCGCAAACCGGGCUCUUGGCCUCGUUGGACAUCGUGGAGACCAACCCGAAAUUGGGUGAGAACGACAGCCAUGUGUUGGACACGGUCAGCGCCGCAUGCGCCAUUGGCAGAUGUGCCAUGGGCCAGACGUUGUUGUGA